AUGCCAGUUAUGCUCGAAGUGAGUUGCAUCAUCUCCGCAGCAGCUGGCGAUUGGCCAGACUUCUUUGUGAUCUUGGCCAUGGUUCUUGUCAAUGCUGCCCUUGGCUUCCGGGAAGAAAUGAAAGCCAAGAAUGCCUUGGAAGAGCUGACCAACCAGAUGGAGUCCAGCAUUCCAUGCUUGCGCGACGGCAAGACUGAAUCCCUACCAGUGUCGAAACUUGUCCCCGGUGAUGUGAUCCACUUGCGCGGCGGUGCGCUGACGCCCGCUGAUGUGGAGUGGCUGGAGGGUGACACCUUGUCCAUCGACACCGCCGCCUUGACUGGAGAGCCUUUACCCCGCAAAUACCCGAGUGAGGAGUACGGCAAGAUGAUCUUGUCCGGAACCACCGUCAAAUCCGGAGAGGCCUAUUGCAUCGUGAGACUCACAGGUACCAAUACUGAGAUCGGGCAGGGACAGGCCGACAUCAUGGCAGAUCGUGCUACUGCAGCUGUCUCCGUCUUCGAGCAGCGUGUCAUGGUGGUCGUCAACAUCAUUAUCUCCGUUGCGGUCUUGGAUGGCAUCAUCAUUGUCCUGGUGCAGGGCCUGGUCCGCAACGGCUUCGACGUGGACUUCAAAGGCACCUUGCUCACGGCACUCUCGAUCCUCAUUGCGGCCGUUCCGAUCGCCCUGCCCUUGGUCCUCCAGGUCACCAUGGCUAUCGGAGCCUAUCGCAUGGCUACCGAUCAUCAUGCCAUCGUGACGCGGAUGUCCGCUUUGCAGGACAUUGCCUCCAUGGAUGUGCUCUGCUCUGACAAGACCGGCACCCUGACAACGGCGAAGAUGAGCAUCAACUUGCAGAAGAUUUGGACAGCCAAGAAGGAUGGAUUCGGAGCCUUGGACAACAGCUUGUACAGUGCCCCCAACCAAGAGUUGGCUUUGCAGCAGAUGCUCAUGGUGAUGGGCAUCUUGGCUUCCAACGCCGACAAAAAGGAUGAUGCCAUUGACGGCUCUCUGCUUAGGGCAUGGGAGAAGAUGACGAAGGAGCAGGGCGAGGCUCCUGCGAAGAUGAAGGCCGCCUUUCAGCAGCUGGACUUGACCGGCUUCAACCCCGAGGUGAAGAGGACCGUCGCCACCGUGAAGCGUUUGGCCGACGGCAAGAAGCUGAUCGUGGCCAAGGGCCUAGCAUCGAAGAUCCUAGACACCUCCUCCGGUGGUGCGGACUCCGGGAAGCUCCAGUGGAAAUGCGAGGAGUGCAAAGAGGAAGGCUUCCUGGAAAUGGUGCAGAAGACCGACCUGGAGCUGUCUGCGGCCGGCUACAAGACCAUCGCUGUGGCAGCAGGUAUCGAAGGAGAAGGGAUGCACUUCUUGGGCUUGCUGCCGAUGAUCGACCCCCCUCGAUUCGACACAGCGGUGACCAUCCAACGCUUGCAGAACGCCGGCGUUGAAGUGAAGAUGAUUACUGGGGACCACCUGAAUAUCGCCAUCGAAACGGCGCGAAUGGUUGGCAUGGCGACCAACAUUUUGCCAGGAGAAGCUACGCGUGAGGGUGGCCACACUGGUGACGAGACCAUCAGGGAAGCGGGUGGCUUCGCCCAGGUGCUCCCGCGAGACAAGCGGGAGUGUGUUUUGGCGCUCCAGAGAUCGUAUGACUUGGUGGUGGGCAUGACAGGCGAUGGUGUGAACGACGCACCUGCACUCUCCGCAGCCCAGUGUGGAAUUGCCGUGGAGGAUGCGACCGACGCCGCCAAGAAUGCCGCCGCCAUGAUCCUGACUACCGAAGGCUUGUCAGCAGUCUUCGGGGCAGUGGUGGAGUCCCGGAAGAUCUUCGCGCGUCUUUUCUCCUAUGUCUCCUACCGCCUGGCUGCCACUAUCCAGAUUCUCUUGUUCCUGAGCAUCCUUGUCUACGUCUUCGAUUGCACUCUCGAUCCCUUGUACGUGAUCCUGCUCGCCCUCUUCAACGACGUCACUAUGAUCCCCGUGGCGGAGGACAACCAGUCGGCGGCUGCCGAGCCUCAGCAUGCCAUGAUCGGGCACCUCAUCGGCUUUUCCAUGACACUCGGCAUCUUCCAAAGUGUGGCCUCCAUCAUCUUCUAUCUUUGCAUGGAUAUGGGCUUGAUCAAGGGCAUCGAGAGCCACACUGUGACGGGGCACUACCCCACGAGCGUCCAUGCUCAAAAUGCGAUCUGGCUCCAGGUCUCCAUCGCUGCAGAGUUCCUGAUCUUCUCCGCCAGAUCACCCGGGUUGUUCUUCUUCAGCAGGCCCUCGAAUGAGCUCUUGGCUUCUACCAUGCUGGGGAAUAUCGUGUCCACCCUCUUAGCGGUUUACGCCUUCCCUGAGCCCUUGGAUUCAAGCGAGAUCAUCACCAUCUGGGUGUACGACCUCUUGGCACUCUUGGCCGUGGACCUGGCCAAGAUGGUGUACAAGUUCAUCCACGAGGCUGAGGCAGCUGGCAUCAUUGAUGAGUAUCAGAUCGAGCAGGAGGACAAGUCCUUGCAGCACGGGGAUGAGACGAAGCCGAUUGAGAACCCAGAGGCUCACAUCAAGAAGUACCGUGAGAGCGUCAUGAUCAUGAAGCAAAACAGCGUGCGCUUGAGCCAGAAGCCGCGCUCCUCCAUGAAGUUCUUGUCUACAGGGCAGCAGAGAUCCAGCCGGAUCGUCUCGCAGUCUUCCAAUAUGUCCAACAAGAACUUCACGCAGACGCGCACUUCUAUCCGAAUGGGUGAUGACUUGCGCAAGAGGACUCCUGCCAACUCCAUCCGCAUCAAGUGA